GGGAGUAGGUGGAGGGGAUGAAGCAGCGGGUACACCAGCCAACCUCUGUGUCCAGCUAAUGUGAUGUCACUCCUCCCCCCCCUACCCCUCUCCAUCCCAUUGCAGGUAGCCAGUAAUGGAGGAGGUGCAGCGUGAUGAACAUAACAGUACAGACACAGAGACGUCCAACCCCACCACCCUCAAACAUGAGGACAUAGAGGAGACCCAGAAGGAGUCGGUGCAGUCGGAAAGUAAGGAUGUCCAGGAACCAUCAAACGAUGUGUCCUCUUCGCAGGAGUCCCAUGAGUUGCUCACCAACUGCACAUCAUACAGGAAGAUGCUGGAAGACUUGUCACCAGGAGACGUGACGACCAAGGAGGAUGACCGAGGGAACAAGGAGGCCGAUGGCACUCCCCUCACUACUUUGACAGUCCCUGCACCUCUCUACCAAACCAAUACAGGACAGUACAUUGCCCUCACUCCAGGUGGAGGCAUCCAGUUGGCCAGUGUGGGGGCUGAAGGCGUCCGUGGUCUGCAGGCACUCACAACGUCCAGUGCCGGGGCUGUGCAACAGGGGCCCACCUUUCUACAAUAUGCACAGACGACAGAUGGGCAGCAGAUCCUGGUCCCCAGCAACCAAGUUGUACUGCAAACUGCCUUGGGAGACGUCCCGACCUACCAGAUCCAGACCACCCCAUCUACCAACGCUCUGUCGCAGACGGUGAUGAUGACUUCGCCCAUCACUUUCCAAACACAUGCCGGCAAGACUGAGGAUGCCACACUGAAGCGGGCAAUCCGGCUGAUGAAGAACAGGGAGGCUGCAAGGGAGUGCCGCAGGAAGAAGAAGGAGUAUGUGAAGUGUUUGGAAAAUCGCGUGGCAGUGCUUGAGAACCAGAACAAGACUCUAACUGAUGAGCUGAAGGCCCUGAAAGACCAUUACUGUCACAAAACUGCCUAGGCACUUUGAACCCUGAACCCUGAACCCUCCCCAAAUAGGGCUGUCUGACUGGAAGGACAUGGGCACUGUUUUCAGAAGCUACAAUUUAAAGAUGCAUUGAAGGA